UAGCUUGGACAGUACCCUGUCCUGAUCAGGGCUUCCUGAGAGCUGAGGCAGUGCCUCACGUCUUUGUCUUGCAGUGUUUGACACUUUGGCAUGCAGGAAGCAUGUCUUGAAUGCCUAUUAAAAUGGUCAAGCCUCCGUGACUCCCGGGCAGCUGCCUUUCUUGGUCUGAAGAUGUUUGCUGAGAACCUGCCGGACCUAGCCUAGCAAGGUGCGCCUGUCUCAGAUACCUAACUUAGAAUUUAGGUCUGUCGAAAUUUGAGUGCUGCUGACAUCCUGGCUGAAUUCUUUUCCUCAUAUUCUCAUUCUGUAUGUGCUGGGGGGGUACUCUUUUCAUGACUUGCUAUGGGAAGAAAAGCAGCCCUCGCAGCUCUAGCCCCUGCCUAAGGGCGUGAAAGGAGUGUCUAGAGUGGCUAGGUGAUCUUGGAUCUCAGAAACCCACAUGUGAUCUUAGGUAUCUUUAGGAAGAGCUACAUCUGAACUUCCAGCCAGCAAGCAAUCCAGCUGGCCCAUGGUGCUGUGACUCACACCUCGUUACUGGUUACAUCUCUUUUGUACCUGGCACGUGCCUGCUAUUGUGUGCCACCUGCAAAAGACCCACUAUCAAGUUCCCUGUACCCAGCUUCUCAGGGAGUCAACUGUGGGUGCCAGUCACCAUUAACACUUGCGAAAUUCCUAUGCUGUGCUUCAGGCUGAGGCAGCAAACACCCUGCCUUCUGGGAUCACUGAAUAGGACAGGUUUGUUAAGGCUUCUUACUAUUAUUCAGCCUUCAACAUGAACUUGGGCUCAAAUCUACCCAUUUCCUUCUAUGGUCUCUUCUUCCCAGGCACACAGGGUGUAAUGUGACAUUUGGGUAUAGAAGUUACAGUCUAGAAGAAGAGUGGGACAUACAACAGAUGACGACCAUACCUCAGUGUGCCAAGGGGGUGGAGACAGACGUGGAUAUGGAGGUACUGGCCUGGAAGGUCACUGGAGGGACUUGGAAGGGGCUAAGAAAAAAAGAGGGGACAACUAUGUCCUGCCUCUCCCUCUUCAUGUUCCUUUAGAAGGAACUUGCCUUCUGAUUAUACCUGGGGACUACAGCUUGCACCAUGUGGCCAGUGCUCCUGAAGCUGCUGUGGGAGAGGCAGGAAGGGUGAGGACAAGAAGGCUCUCUUGUAAGAGGUGUGACAGGACAAGCCCUGGGCUUGGCACAGUGCAAGCAUUUGAGCUGAGUUGCAGUGGAGCUAUGGAGCAUGAAGGUCAUGAGAUGUGCUGGGAUGCCUAGGAAGCAGCUGGAGGGUGUGUGGGAUGACAGACUGGUUAACAGAAAAUCCCCGAAACCGGGGCUGCAGGAUUUAGCUGCUCUUUGUUCCCUUCCUGUCAGCCCAGGACCUGCCUCCUAGUCACACUGGGCACCAUGGACUCCCCAGGGUACAAUUGCUUUGUGGAUAAGGACAAGAUGGAUGCAUCCAUCCAGGACCUGGGGCCAAAGGAGCUGAACUGCACCGAGCUACAGGAGCUGAAGCAGCUGGCACGGCAGGGUUACUGGGCUCAGAGCCACACCCUGCGGGGGAAAGUGUACCAGCGCCUAAUCAGGGACAUCCCCUGCCGCACAGUCACACCCGAUGCCAGCGUGUACAGCGAUAUUGUGGGGAAGAUUGUGGGCAAGCACAGCAGCAGUAGCCUGCCCUUGCCUGAAUUUGUCGACAACACUCAGGUGCCCACCUACUGCCUGAACACAAGGGGUGAAGGGGCUGUGCGCAAGAUCCUCCUGUGUAUCGCCAACCAGUUCCCUGACAUCUCCUUCUGCCCUGCCCUGCCUGCUGUGGUGGCCUUGCUACUGCACUACAGCAUUGACGAAGCUGAGUGUUUUGAAAAGGCCUGCCGCAUCUUAUCCUGCAAUGACCCUAGCAAGAAGCUCAUUGACCAGAGUUUCCUGGCGUUUGAGUCUUCCUGUAUGACAUUUGGGGACCUGGUGAACAAGUACUGCCAGGCAGCCCACAAACUGAUGGUGGCUGUGUCAGAGGACGUCCUGCAGGUCUACUCUGACUGGCAGCGAUGGCUCUUUGGGGAGUUGCCCCUCAAUUAUUUUGCCCGUGUUUUUGAUGUCUUCCUUGUAGAAGGCUACAAAGUAUUGUACCGAGUUGCUCUGGCCAUCCUCAAGUUCUUCCACAAGGUGAGAGCAGGACAGCCCCUUGAGUCAGACAAUGUAAAGCAAGACAUCCGAAUGUUUGUCAAGGACAUUGCCAAGACAGUGUCCCCUGAGAAACUACUAGAGAAGGCCUUUGCCAUCCGCCUGUUUUCCCGCAAAGAGAUCCAGCUCUUGCAAAUGGCCAAUGAGAAGGCACUGAGGCAGAAGGGUAUUACUGUCAAACAGAAGAGUGUCUCACUUUCUAAAAGGCAGUUUGUGCACUUAGCUGUCCAUGCAGAGAACUUCCACUCAGAGAUUGUCAGCGUGAAGGAGAUGAGAGACAUUUGGUCCUGGAUCCCUGAGCGCUUUGCCCUCUGCCAACCCCUCCUGCUCUUCUCGUCACUGCAGCAUGGGUACAGCCUAACCAGGUUCUAUUUCCAGUGUGAAGGACAUGAGCCCACCCUCCUGCUCAUCAAGACCACUCAAAAGGAGGUUUGUGGGGCUUACCUGUCAACGGACUGGAGCGAGAGGAAUAAGUUCGGAGGCAAGCUGGGCUUCUUUGGGACUGGAGAAUGCUUUGUUUUUAGGCUGCAGCCAGAGGUGCAGCGCUAUGAGUGGGUGGUCAUCAAACACCCAGAGCUGACCAAGGCAACAUCUGUCAAGUCUUCAGAGGCUGCAGCCAGUCCUUCCCUCAUCAGCCACUGCUCUUCAGACCCUGCUGAUCGGCUCUCCCCUUUCCUGGCCGCCCGGCACUUCAACCUGCCCUCUAAGACUGAGUCCAUGUUCAUGGCUGGGGGCAAUGACUGCAUCAUCAUUGGGGGAGGAGGUGGCCAAGCACUCUACGUUGACGGGGAUCUGAACCGAGGGCGCACUGGACACUGCGACACUUUCAACAACCAGCCCCUCUGCUCUGAGAACUUCCUCAUCGCAGCUGUGGAGGCUUGGGGCUUCCAAGACCCUGACACCCAGUGACGAGCCCGCACUGAUGGUGACUGAGCCACAUUGUGGGGUGAUGGGGCAGAGGCCCGGCUGCCUUUUCAGGGAGCAGGGAGUGAGUGAGACACCACCCCCAGAAAGUAGAAAGGUUUGCUGUGCAGUGGGGAUGUCACAGACUUAGGUUAGGAUCCCUGAACCCUCCUACUUCUGAGCUCAAGGGUUGUUGAACCCUCAGCCCUGUCUAGCAUCUGUGUAAGAGACACCCUCUGCCCUCACCCAGCGCCCUGGCUCUGCCAGGUGUCCUGUACCCACAAUUGCCAAGACUACAUUUCCAUGCCCCUGAGCCUCAGUCCCUUAGAAAGAAAGGGUCAAUGAAUCUUCUUGCCAAAUGUGGGUCUGUGGUGCCCCCUGCUGGUGCUUUGACCCUGCCGCUCCUCUGAGGCGCCCCUGGGCUGCAUUUGCUGCUGCUGUGUAGGAUAGGGCUGGGAAGGGCAGGAUUUGUGAGUUCUGCAGCUCCCCCUGUUCUAGGUGGGAUGAGGACUGGAGAACUGUCUUUUGUCUUUGUGUUUCCGCAGAGCCUGAAGCUCUUGCUGCGCCUCACUUCGAGUCCACACCUGAAGGUGGCCUCCGGAGAGACUUUCUUUGAUCAACUUGCCCAGUCAGCUUCAUUCCCAGAGUUCUUCUCAGAGCUGACUCAGUGAGGCCUUUGGCUCCCUUCCCUGUGGCCUCCUCGAAGUUUUGUAGUCCUGGUGGCUUUUGUGUUUCCUUUCCCUGUCACAGUGACUGAGGCUCACCUAGCAUGGCAUGCUUGUCCCUGCCCAGCUUUCUGCCUUCUCCCCAGGCCCUGUGCUUCCCUGGACCUGCUCACACAGCAUCUGAUACACCUGUGUGACCUGAUCCCUCAGCUCUCACUAUGGCUGACCACAUAUCUUCUGUGCUACCCCUGUCCUCAUUAUGGCCUUCAGGUCUCUCUGGACGUCUGUGCUUCCUGAGCCCUGUACCAGCCUGGUACACAGUAAAUGCCAAGGGAGGCAGAUGCCUCUGAGGACUAUAGCAAGCUCCAUUUCCCCAUGACCUCCCUCACACCCUGUGACCUCCCUCAGCUGGUCUUGAGGGUCUGAGUACCACAGAGGAAGAGAGAAGAAACAGUGGCCCAAAUGGCUGUGCUGGGGCCAUGGAAGUCUGGAUCAUUAGGACAGGUGCCUAGUUCCCACAUGACUGUCUGGUGUGCCUGCGAGUCAGCAUGUGUCAGGCCAGUGCUUGUCUCCACACUGAGACUCACUUUUGCUGGGGAAGGUCAUCCUUUCUUAUUCCACUGGCUCACAUCAGCUUUCAACAGGGCCACAGUGCCAGAGGAGACAGGGCAGGAAGGAGCCUCAUGGAACUUGGGCUACCUACCUGGUAAACGCACCUUAGAACGUUGGACUCUACACAGUGGACCAGUUCCCCCACCAUGCUGGCUUCCAGGAUGGGUUGGCGUGACUCUAUAGAGGGAAGAGGAGCCGCUGUUGCUCACCUCUGCAGAAAGUUGUAAGCCUUGACACUCAUUUCCCCUUAGCCCACUGCCCAGACCUAUACCUCCAACUCUGGUGUUCAUUUAACACCAUCUUGAUUUUUGGUCAAUGUUGUUUCUGGCAAGAUCUUACUAAUUAGCCUAACUGGCCUGGAACUCCCUCUGUGGCCCAGGCUAGCCUGGAAAUUGCUAUGUAGCCUAGGUUGGACUCAAAAAUCAUGGUGUCCCUCAGCCUCCUAAGUGCUGGGCUUCUAGGUGUUAGGCUUAGCUUAGCACUUUGCUCUUUGACUGAUUCCACGUUCUGAGUUGGGCUCCAGCCAGAAGGCCUCCAGGAUGUUCCCAGGCUGUGCCGUCUUUCUGCUCACCCACACAUAACCACUGAGACUCAGAAGCCUUUCAGAAGCAAUGAAGUUAACUGGGAGUAUGUGCAGGGCUCUGCAGGGUUCCUGACUGGGUGGUGGACCUCGUGUGCUGUGUGGCCCCCACUGGCAGUCCCAGAGUUCUAGCCCAAGGAGGCUGAUGGGCGCUUACUGGUGAUUACAUCAGACGCAACGUUCUUAGCUUUCCGCCCACAACAUACUCAGUUCUUUAAAUUUAAUGUCCUUUUUUUCUGAUUUUCUACCAAAAGGUGUGUAUUGUUUUCUUUAUAUUUUUAUUCUUAUCACUGUUCUUAUCUGAUACUAAGUGUUCUCACUUAGUAUUUAUUUUAGUAAUGUUUUCUAUUACUUAUUAGCUUUUGAUGUUAAAAAAAAAAGCCAAAAUGUGAUGGCAUUGUAUAAGAAAUUAGAUUUAUGCAGCAUUUAAACAUUUGUUUUUAAAACAAAUACUUAAUCUAAUUUAAGCCCAUUCAUUAAACUAAAUAAGUUUGUUAAUAUAUACCAUAUGCCUUUGGGGCCUCAAAAAAUCAGUUUAUACCUUGGUUUGGUUUAGUUUGUGACAAGAAUGUCAGCUUCAUGCAGCUCAGGCUAGCCUUGAACUAACUGUGUAGCUGAAGCCAUUCUUGAAUUCAAUCUUCCUGCUUCCGUCCUCCACAUAUUUGGAUUACAGGUGUGUGCCACCAUGCCUGGUGAUAAUCAGAUUAUUUUUAAAGUAAUUUAUGAUACAA